AUGAUGGAACAACUUCCGGGAACCAUUUCAUUGUGGAGGAACAGCGGUGAGGUCCAUUCACUGAGUCUUGUCGGUGGACCUAACCACAGUAUGAUUGUAAAGAACACUGAAGACACAACCAUGUUCUAUUCCAAGACCCUGGGCAUAGAGGUCAUUACUUUCAAGGGAGACAAAAAAAAUUGCGUUUCAGAGACCAAAAGUUUAACCUAUAAUAAGGUGGGAAAGAAAUUUGAUCCCACAACAGCUCACUCCAUUCCAGUAUCCCUGGAUGUUUGUCUGAUCACAGAAGCUCCACUGGAGGAGGUGAUCAAGUGCCUCAAGAUGAGUGCAAUGCCAUUCUUAUCAAGGAAGCUAAUGCAGAUACUGUGGAGACAGAAGUGUGACCCAAAGAGAUAG